CUUCCAGUACGGAAGCCUGUCCGCGCCAGACCAGCGCGACCGGUAGCUUCGCCUCCGGUCAUUUUGCCGUCAACCGGACUCUGGAAAUGGUUUCUGUUGCGUGAGAGGGAACAGCGACGGGCGCUCGUAAUUCCCGAGCAAGGAGUGGCCGGAGCUUCCCCCACCCCCGUCCCCUCAACCUCUCCGGGUGGGAAGCCGCGGUUUGCGAACCGCCGCAGUCGGUGUGGAGCGGAGUAUUAUGAACGUGGCGUCAUUUCCUUCUCCCACCAGUGACAUGGCUGAAAUUAAUCGCAUCCAGUAUGAGAUGGAUUAUACUGAGGGUAUCAGCCAGCGGAUGAGAGUCCCUGAGAAGCUUCAGGUUGCGCCAGGGUCUGCAGAAGAUAGGUGGGGAAAAGGAGACUUUCCGAGCACCACAACUGUAAUGGAGGUACCAGAGAGGAUUUUUAUUGCAGGUGACCAAAACCAUUCCAGGCCAAGAGAUUUGGACCUUAUGACAUCAAAUCUUACAGAACCUUUGGCAUUGAAAACGCCCCCGCGUGUCCUCACUCUAACUGAGCAACCUUUAGACUUCUUGGACCUUGAGCGGCCUGUUACUGCAACUCCACAGACCGAAGAGGGUCGCUCACAUACUCGUUUACGGAGGGAGCGUUCAAUGAGUGAAAAUGCCGCCCGACCGAAUGGGCAGCUUGUCCGAACAGAGUCCAUUGUGACACCAGCCCCCCAAACUCAACCUCAGCCUCGUCUUUAUCCUCCACUCAUCUCCUCUGAAGAUGGACCAAACGCAUACUCUCCUCAUGGCAUUUUGUCAGUAAUCCACUCCACCACCCGUAGGGCCUACCAGCAAGUCAUGGACAUGCUAGAUGAAAAUCGCAGAAGAACAAUACUUCGUGGAGGGUCAACUUGUGCUAUUUCAUCUAACCCUCUGCUUGACACUUCCAGGUAUAGCCUUUCCAGUUGUGAACCUACAUUGGAAGGAACACAAGAUGAUGUGGCACUUGUGGAUUCUAUUUCCUUACGAAGACAGAUAAUUAAACUGAAUCGUCGGCUCCAACUUCUUGAGGAAGAAAACAGAGAACGUACUCGCCGGGAAAUCAUUGUGUACUCAAUAACUGUCGGGUUCUGGCUGAUCAAUAGCUGGCUCUGGCUCCGACGUUGAGUGAGCAUUGUAUAUAUCAAAUCUUUUGCUAAAUGAACAACAGUUUUCUCAAAAACAGUUGCUGCCACAAAGGUUUUUGCCUCUUCUGUACCAAGAUAGACUUUCUCUAGGUGGUUGCACUGAUUGCUCACUCCAUAUAACAUGGAGAAAGGAAUCAUGUGGGCGAAAGAAUAUAUUGUUGCCUCAAAUUUAAAUAUUUAUUAUUAUCUUACUUUAUUAAAACCCAUUUUGCAUGUCAGUAAUUAGGCAAUGUGUAGCUUCCACGAGUUUUUUAAACAUGUAAUUGAACCUGAUGUGUGAGUGACAGUAGGUCCAGGGGAACAUUACAGAACAGCACAGGAAUAAAGCUCAAGGUCCAUAAAAAAAAAUCUGACAGAGAGAAUAAAUUUAAAGAUUUUGAGAGCUGUACAUGUCAAUGUCGAGAAUUGUAUUUUUCUUCUAUUUCAUUGUGAAAUGAAGUAGACUUCCUGGUUAUGGGUCCUUCAUAUAUUUUUUUGCAUUUCUUUUGCUUGAAAUUAAGUGGGCCAAGACAAAACUCUUGCGUUCAUCAAAAAUAUGUACCACAAUAAUGAUUUUUUUAUUUGAAUGUUAACAUGUGUGGCAAUCGUCAUUUAAAAAUAUGACUUGCUUUUGAUCAAUUACCAUAACACUGCAGUAAUAUUGCCAAAAAAGUUCUUCUGACUUGGGUGGAAAGCAGAAUGUAUUUACUAUGAAUGCUGAAAGAAAACAGUCAUUGUGUAGCCUUGACCUAAAAUAUUUGAUUAAUGUUUGGAUUAAACAAAUGUUUAGUUUAUCUUUAUGAUUUUGACCUGCUGAUAUACAAAUUUAUUGUUUUGACCUAGUGUUGAAGGCAUUUAUUGAAGGAGCAUUGAAUGCAAAUAUAAUAUUGUAAAGAAUGUUUUUCUAGAUUUACAUUGUGUUAAUCUUUUAUGUGGCAUUUUUUUUUCCUAUUUUGACUUUUUAUGUGAACACGCUUGCACAGGAUUAUCAGAAGUACAACUAUGUGUGUGUAUAUAUAUUUGACUACAUACAAUGUGGCUGUAAAGAAAAUUAAAUUUGAAUAUUGUGGUUUUCCCCCACGUUGAUUGAGUGACAA